UUUAUGCUGUAAAUAGCAGUUCUCCGUACAUAAUUUUAAUUUGUUAAAUUCUUCAAAACAACAAAAUGGCUGGGCAUGCUGAACAUGUUAGAAAUACAGAUGUAGCCAAAUUUUCUUACGUUCCGCCAAAAAUGAAAAAUUUUGUUUUGACAGAGAAAUUAGGACAAGGUUCUUAUGCAACAGUUUACAAAGCUUUUAGGAAAGGAAAUUUACGCGAUGUUGUUGCUAUUAAAUGUAUUAAAAAAAGUUCUCUCAGUAAAAAAUCAACUGAAAAUUUAGUUCGGGAAAUCGAAAUACUUAAAAGUCUAAAUCAUGAACAUAUUGUAAAAUUGAAAGAUUUUGAAUGGGAUAAUGAACAUAUAUUUUUGAUUCUUGAAUAUUGCAGUGGUGGUGAUUUAUCAUCGUAUAUCAAGAAGUACAAACGAUUACCUGAACAUACCACUCGGAAGUUUUUACGACAAUUAGCUUUAGCUUUACGUUACAUUAGAGAAAAAAAUAUAUCUCAUAUGGAUUUAAAACCUCAUAACUUAUUUAUUGAAUCAAAGAAUAAUUUUAGUUUAAAAGUUGGCGAUUUUGGGUUUGCUCAAUAUUUGCUAGGAAAAGAGGGACAUGACAACCUUCGUGGCUCACCACUUUAUAUGGCGGUAGAAAUGUUCUGCUCUGACUAUUAUGACGCUUCUGUUGACCUAUGGUCAACUGGAGUAAUUCUUCACGAAGCUUUAUUUGGUUAUGCUCCAUUUGCUUCAAAAACAUUUGAUGAGUUAGAAAUGAAAAUAAAGUCAAAAGAACCAAUUACCCUGCCUAAACAUCCAAUAAUAUCUUCCAAGUGUAAAGAUUUGAUAGAAAAACUUUUACAAAGGGACCCCAAAAAAAGGAUUACAUUUGAAGAAUUUUUUUCUCAUCCUUUUGUGGAUUUAAACACUGCACCAUCUCAAGAAAGUUUAGUAAAAGCAGUCAAAAUUGUUACUGAAGCUGUUAAACUAGAUAGCGAAAAAGAUUAUAAAAAUGCUUUAAAAUUAUAUUGUUCAGCUUUAGAACACUUUUUGCCAGCAAUUGAUUAUGAGAGAGAUACUGAAAAAAAGUUAGUCAUUAGAGAAAAAGUAUUGCAGUACAUCGAAAGAGCUGAAAAAUUAAAAUUGACAAUAAAAGAAAUAGAAAAAAAAAAAUUCAACAAACUCAAACUAAAUUCCUUUUUUAAAAACAGCUCUGAUUUUUCUAACAUACAGAUUUAUGAAGAUAAAGGAGACUAUUUUGAGAAUAACGGAGAAUAUGAACAAGCCUUAGAGGAAUACAAUAAAGGUAUUGAAAUAUGUAUGUCUUUAUUAUCAGAUUCAACAAACACUAAUGAUUAUCGGUAUUUAAUAAAAGAAAAGGCUGAAAAAAUGAUUGAACGUGCUGAAGAAAUAAAUCGCUAUAUUGAUUUAGCAAAUAAAGAAAAAGAUUUAAAACAAAAUAAUCUAUGUUGUAUACAAUAA